CGCUGGGGUGAGGGCGGCGGAGGCGGCGCUCGGCGGCCAUGGACUCCGCGUGCUCCCCGGAGAGCAUCUAUAACCUCAUCCCCAGGGACCUCAAGGAGCCGCCCCAGCCCGCUAGGUACAUAUCCAUUUUUAAGGCAGCCGUAAAAAAUGACAUGCAGAAAUACAAAGCAGCGAUGAAAACGAUGGGGCCAGCCAAAGUGGAAGUACCUUCUCCAAAGGAGUUCCUAAAGAAACACUCCAAGGAAAAAACUCUACCACCCAAAAAGAAGUUCGAAUGGAAUGAGCCCAGGAAGCCUUCCGUGCCGCUGAGGACCGAGCACCCGGUGAUGGGCAUUCAGAGCGGGAAGAAUUUUAUCAACACGAACGCAGCCGACGUCAUCAUGGGAGUGGCUAAGAAGCCCAAACCCAUCUACGUGGACAAGAGAACCGGAGACAAGCACGACCUGGAGACCUCAGGACUCCUUCCCAAGUACAUCAAUAAAAAGGACUAUGGGGUCACCCCCAGGUACAUCUGUGUGCGGAACGAGGAAGUCAGGCGGGCCCAAGAAGAGUACGACCGCUACAUCCAGGAGAACCUCAAGAAGGCGGCCAUGAAGAGGCUGUCGGAUGAGGAGAGGGAGGCUAUCCUGCAGGGUCUGAAGAAGAACUGGGAGGAGGUGCACAAGGAGUUCCAGUCCUUCUCGGUCUUCAUCGACUCCAUCCCGAAGAAGGUCCGCAAGCAGAAGCUGGAAGAACAAAUGAAGCAACUGGAACACGACAUCGGGGUCAUCGAGAAACACAAGAUCAUUUACAUCGCCAACAAACAGUAACGCGCUGUUGAGGCACAGCUCUCCCAGCCAGUGUAGGGAACGUGGAAACUAGGAAGUGAACCUACAACUUAAAAAAAAAGGAAAACACCCCAAAAAAUCAAGCGUAGUCUUACAAGGCUUAGGCAACGUUUAAAGAGUAGUUGAAUUACCCACCUACAAAGGAGAAACAUUUUGUUUCUGCCAGCGUCGUGUUUUCCACAUUUAAACCAAUUAAAGUUUCAGGCUUUGUGUCCCAGUUCUAUAACGCAGUUCAUUAUGAUGGUGACAAUGAUGACAGUGACAAUGGACUUGUUUCCCGUUUUCACACUCGUUUUCUGGGCCCUGAAAGAGUACCGUCAUCAGCUCCCCUUUUGGUCUACAUGUCACAAUGCAGAGAGCGCAGGUUUUAAAGCCGCGCGGCGCCUCGCAUCGGAAAGAGCCGCACCCGCUUUCUGGAGCUCUCUGCGGCGCUCCCCACCUGUGGCUCCCCAGCCCCUGAGAACACGCCGGGAGCCGCCGUCCCUGCAAACACUUUCCGUACCCUCAACACUGCACACGAUGGAGGGCUGCUAGUCAGAGGAGGAAAAGCGAGAAGAGAACUUACACAGUCGAGACGGCCGUGCACAGAAGGCACGGCCACGGUGGCCAGAUGGUACCCCCGCCCCGGCAGGUGGAUUCCGGAGACCUCUGACCGUCCGCCUGGUUCCCUAGCUCACUCUGCCUGUUCACCGAAAUAGGCUCCUUUUUUCUUUAUUUAUCUUUUGUGAACUCUAAAGUUACCCUUUGUGAAGAUUACAUAAUUUUAUUAAAGAAUAUGUAAGUAGAGAUGUCUUCAACUCAAAAUAAGAAAUAAAAACUUACAAAUACCUAAGAAGGAAAGGAUUCUU